AUGAUGAUGGCUAAUGGUCGUCAAUUAAAUAGUACUAAUGUUAUCUCACAAGUUGGUUUCAGAAAUGUAAUAGCAUGUCCAUCGGGCUCAUGGAAUACAACUGGAACAAGAGUAGCACGUGCUAAUCUUCCUGAAGAUGUAUUUGUUGAUAAUGAUGGUAAUAUUUAUGUGCCAGACAAUUCUAAUAGUAUACAAAAAUGGUUACCUAAUGCAACAAAUUCAAUAAGUGUAGCAGGCGGAAGUUUUGGUUCUGAUAUGAAUCAAUUAAAAAAUCCAAUCGGUAUUUUUGUACGUAAUAAUAAUUUAUAUAUUGUUGACAACGGUAACUUUCGCGUACAAAAAUGGGCUUAUGGUGCCACUAGUGGUGUUACAGUUGCUGGAGGAAAUUCAAAAGGAUCUGCACUUAAUCAAUUGAGUAAUUGUUAUGGUAUUUAUGUGGAUGAAAACGAAAAUGUAUUCAUAGCGGAUAGAGAUAAUAAUCGUGUAAUGAAAUGGAUGCCUGGUGCAACUGAGGGUAUUGUUGUUGCUGGUGGAAAUGGUGAAGGUCGUAAUUCAAAUCAACUGACAUUUCCUCUGGGCAUAUACUUAGACAACGAUGCUAAUAUUUAUAUAGCAGACUAUUAUAAUAACCGUGUUCAAAUGUGGGCACAAGGUGCUACAAAUGGUAUAACAGUAGCAGGCGGAAAUGGAGGAGGUAGUGCUCCUAAUCAGUUAUCCUUACCAAGAGCGGUUUCGGUUGACACACAAAAGAAUAUUUAUGUUCUUGAUACUUUCAAUGAUCGUGUGCAAAAAUGGGCUCCCCACGCAUCAAGCGGUAUUACAAUAAUAGGAAGUGAUGGUCGAGGUAGCCGCCCAAAUCAAUUGCAAUCCCCAUUUGGAAUGAGGUUUGAUGCGAACGGUAACAUAUAUGUAGCAGAUACUUAUAAUUGGCGUAUACAAAAAUUUAGCUGCGGUAAGUGA